UGCGUUGUCCGCUAUCGCAACCGCUCUGUUAAUUAGGUCAAACCGUGCACCAUUAUGGACGUCGUGGGACUACGAUCCCUUCUCCUCCUUUCUCUCGAACGCUAAUUUAUCGUUCCUUCGAUUUGGAGGUGACCCUCAGGCUCCAGUCUCCCAUCGAUAGGCUCCGGGCGCGUCUCCAGCCCCUGCCCGCGUCGUGCAUUUGUUUCGAUUUCUUCGCUUCGAAAGGUGCCGGCGGAGGGGAGUUUUUGUUGCUUCGUUCUUCUCGAUAAUUUUUGUUGCUUGGGUCAGGUCACAGUUUGAUUUGGGCGGGUCUCCAUCUUGUGACCGCAGUGGUCGGAUGGAGCCCCGCGUUGGGAACAAAUUCCGCCUCGGUCGCAAGAUCGGCAGCGGGUCCUUUGGGGAGAUCUAUUUAGGUACAAAUAUCCAAACGAACGAGGAGGUCGCAAUUAAGCUGGAAAACGUCAAGACAAAGCAUCCACGAUUGCUAUAUGAAUCAAAGCUAUACAGGAUCCUGCAAGGAGGAACUGGAAUUCCAAAUGUUAAACGGUUCGGUGUUGAGGGUGAUCAUAAUGUGCUCGUGAUGGAUUUAUUAGGACCCAGUCUGGAAGAUUUAUUUAACUUCUGCAGCAGAAAACUUUCUUUAAAGACUGUUUUGAUGCUUGCAGAUCAGACGAUUAAUCGAGUGGAGUUUGUGCAUUCUAAGUCCUUUCUGCACCGAGACAUCAAGCCAGAUAAUUUUCUAAUGGGCCUUGGUAGACGAGCUAACCAGGUGUAUAUUAUUGAUUUUGGCCUUGCCAAGAAGUAUAGGGUUACUUCAACUCAUCAGCAUAUUCCAUAUAGAGAGAACAAGAACUUGACUGGGACAGCAAGAUAUGCAAGUGUGAAUACACAUCUUGGCAUAGAACAAAGCAGGAGGGAUGACUUGGAAUCUAUUGGAUAUGUUCUUAUGUACUUCUUAAGAGGAAGCCUUCCAUGGCAGGGUCUGAAAGCAGGAACCAAGAAACAGAAGUAUGAAAAAAUUAGUGAAAAGAAAGUUGCCACAUCAAUUGAGGCUUUAUGUAGGGGAUAUCCUUCAGAGUUUGCAUCAUACUUCCAUUAUUGCCGUUCACUACGAUUUGAGGAUGAACCUGAUUAUGCAUAUCUUAAGAGAUUGUUCUGUGACCUUUUCAUCCAUGAAGGUUACCAGUUUGAUUAUGUAUUUGACUGGACCAUUUUAAAGUAUCAGCAGUCAAUGAUAGCUGGUGCUCCUCCACGUGCUAUUGGUCCAAGUGCAGGACCUAGCUCUGGUUUGGUUCCUGCUGAUGCUAAUAACAGGCAAUCAGGUGGUGAGGAAGGAAGGACAAGUGGUUGGUUGGCAACGGACCCUUCAUGUCGUGGACGUAUUACCCCUCCAGCUGUAACCGUAGGUAGCUUAUCAAAGCAGAAGGCCCAUGUGCGGAAUGAUCUGUCUGUCAGUAAAGAUUCUAUUUUUUCCAGGUCAGCUUAUUUGGAACGGUCAAGUGGAUCCUCGAGGCGAGCUACUGUUUCCAGUAGCAGAGACAUGGUGGGGACUGAAGCAGAUCAAACUUGCACUCGUACUGCAGGGGGCAACCCAGGGACUUUCUGCAGGGUUUCUAGUGCCCAGAGAAGAUUCCCAAUUAGUUCUGCCGAGCACAAGCAUACUUCUGGAAGGAAUCCAUCUAUGCUCAGGAAUAAUGAGUACGCGCUCAAGGGAAUCGAGGCCCUUCGUUUUGACGGUGGGGAGAGGAAGCAGCUGUAGUAGAUCGCAAGACCUGCUGCCCGUUCUUUUGUAUUACUCCAUGGAAAUCCAUAAACCGAAGGCAUGUUUUUAUCCCUCGACUCAUGAAUGAGGUGGUAGUCCGAGUGACUACCUCAAGUGCCCCCGGUGAGGAAAAACAAUAACAAGGUUGGUCGAACCAUUGUAAGCGCUGUUUGUACAUUUGUCCGGGAUUAUAUGCCCUUGUUAUUUCAUUAUAAUUCCUGGUAUUUAUUAUGUUUCAAAAUAUCUUAUUGCUGACUUUCCUGCAUGGAAACCUUGUCUUUGAAA